AGAGGCAGAAGAGGAGGAGGACGAGGAGGAGGAAAUCGACGAGGAUGAGGACGACGACGAGAAAUACAAACCCCCCGUCCAGAACAACAACAAGAUCCUCUACAACAUCGACGCCCGCACCAUGAAACCCUUCACCCGCAAAUCCGCCUCGAACCACCGCGGCUACCACAUGGCAGCCCCGACAAAGACCGGCAUCUUCAACCGCAUCCUCUUCAACUUCCCCCACGUCGGCGGCAAAUCCACCGACCGCAACCGCCAAGUCCGCUACAACCAAGAGCUCCUCGUCGCCUUCUUCAACUCGGCCCUCCCCAGCCUGGCGCCCAAGGGCUCCAUCGUCGUCACCUUGUUCGAAGGCGACCCGUACACCCUCUGGAACGUCAAGGACCUCGGCCGCCACGCAGGCUUGCAGGCGCUGGAGAGCUUCAGGUUCUAUUCGCACGCGUACCCGGGCUACAAGCACGCCCGGACGGCGGGGGUGAUACGGGAGAAGAAGACGGGGGAGGCGAGCGGGGCGGCGUGGAAGGGCGAAGAGAGGGCGGCGCGGAGUUUUGUGUUUAUGCGCAAGGAUGAGGCGCCGGAAGAGGCGCCUGCUUCCAAGAAGAAGAGGAAGCGUGGCGGGGAGGAGAGUGAUAGUGAGGAGGAGAUUGAGGUUUCCGAGGUGGAGGACUUUGAUCCUAAUGAAGCAGGGGGGUGGGUUGGGGAGUAACCAGCCAACGAAGGAAGAUCAGACGGGAAGGACUGACUGCUCACAUAUAUUCGGCAGUGAAGAGAUGGAGGGCUUACAUAUCUCCUCAUGGGCGAUGGGAGUGCAGAAGGAAGGCCUUAGCAGCGCCUGAAGUGUAUAUGGCCUAGCGGAGGAAGGUGAUGCCUGGGAUCGGCAGAGAACGCGAGUUCGAAUUUGGUGGCCCUACAUAAACUCACAGGCAGCUCAUUUUUUGGUCUCCCUUUUCUCUCCCACCCAGCUCAACCCCCCCCCCC